UUGAAGUGUUAGUGCGGGACCGGCGCAGGGUGGUCUGACCUACUCUCUGCUCUCCUCCCACACCGAACUUUUCUACUGUCCUGGUUCAUUUGCCAACGGUAGUGUUGGGCUGUUAGCUAGUGUUGACGCUCGCGCGCUGUCGGAGAUUGAAACAUCUGGUGAGAGGAGCAAACAUGGCAGUCUGCCUGGGUCGCAUGCUAAUGGUGCAACAGCAGUCUGGUCGCAUGCUGGGCCGAGAGUGUUCGGCGUGGCUGAGCCUGCAAAGAUGUCGAUCGACGGAUGUUGCUGCCAAAAGCGGUGGAGAGCAGUGCCGGCGCUUCGAGGUGGGGGUGUUAGGGGCGGGGCGUAUCGGGCGACUGCACCUGCAGAACGUUCUGAGUCACCGGGGCUUGAAGCUUCGCUGGGUGGUGGAGGACAGUCAGGAGGCCGUCCAGCAGGCUACCCGACAGCUGAUGCUGCAUGACACGCCCUUCCACCCGACAGCGGACUUACCGGAGCUGCUGAAAGAUCACAGUUUGGACGGAGUUCUGGUUUUAACACCCACAGAUACUCACUCGUCGCUGGUCAAACAGUCUCUGGAGAAUGGUAAAGCAGUUUUUGUAGAAAAACCCACAGCCGGAACCCGAGAGAGAUACAGCAGUGUUACGACCUGGCUCAGCAGAACGACCUGCCCCUGUGCACCGGUUUCCAAAGACGAUUUGAUCCAGCGAUGCGGGACCUUUACGACUCAGUGGUGCUGCACAAAGCCGUAGGCAACGUCCGUAACAUCAAGACCGUGUCACGUGACUCGCCCAGACCCUCCUACACUUUCCUGAAGGCCUGUGAUCCCACGGGCUGCAACAUCCUCUCCGACAUGGCUGUUCACGACGUCGACAUGAUCGUGUGGUUAACCCAGGGUCAGGAGCCAGAGUUCAUCUACGUCAUCACCCACUCCCAUGACGCAGAGCUGGCCGAGGCCGGUGUCGCUGAUUCCAUCACAGUGCUGCUCAAGUACAAGUCGGGCGUCAUCGCCGCCAUCGACAGCUGCCGAGAAACCACUUAUGGCUACGACAUCAGGGUGGAGGUGUUCGGGUCUGACGGCAUGGUGACGGUGGAGAAUCCUAGAGAAACAACUUCCGUCAAGGACAGCGUGGCUGGAGGGAGCGUCCGGCGGCUGUACCACUCCUUCCCGGAGCGUUUCGAAAAGGCCUUCCAGCUUCAGCUGCAGCACUUUGUCAACUGCAUGGCAGGUAGUGAGAAACCAAUAGUCACGAUGAACCAAGCAGUGUUGACAGCCAGUAUUAUCGAAAAAGGCCUGCAGUCGUUCGGCAAGAAAGCCCCCGUCUACUUCUAGGACAUCGUCCCCACCAUUCAGGUGUAGAUGCAGGGGAGAGAACGCGACAAACUAAGAGAGAAAAAAGUUCUUUGACUAUCUCCCUUGACAGUCUGCCACACAGCAAAGGCUCUCGGUGGACAGUUGUUUUUCAUUGAAAAAAUAUGGAGAGGAUGUGUGAUCAUUUCAGCUACGGUUUUCUUUUUUUAGGCAGAAUGCUUCUGGGAGAACUUUGAUUUAUAUGCAUUCAUUCAGAUUAAAAAAAGAUU